CGCGCUGGUUAAAAAGAAGGAGGAAAGAGCACGGGGAAACAUGUGAGCGGUCUGAGGACUUUAGUGAGACUGAGACAACUUUUAUGUCUUCUAUGUGUGUGUUUUUUUCUUCCAUGCACAAACCAGCCGUGCUGUGCGUAAAAAGGAAUUACAUCUAAAAGGGGACGUCACGGCUCUUUUUGCAGGUUUUUUGACUUUUUUUUGUGUUCAUCAGGAUAAAUUGUUUUUAUUUUAUUUUUAUUAUAGGCUGAGCAGAAUAAUUUAUUUUUAAACACCUUUCUUUAUAGCAGUGAGUGAGACAAAUUUAGGACACCUGCUUCUGAGAAAUUUGUAAUGUUCUUGUAAUUCUGCUGCUUUGGAGAAAUAUAGCCCAAAAUAAAAACAUAUAUAUCUAUAUAUAUAUAGAUAUAGAUAUAUAUAGGCUAUACAUUGCAGGCUAUAACCUCACUCAAAGUGUUAUUGUAUUUUCUUUCUUUUUUUUCUUAAUUUUUAUAAUUUUUUAAACAUAUUAUGAAGCAUUUGCAAUUCGUGCUGGUCCUGGCCAUCGCGGUCAGCGUGUGGGAAUGUGGAGACGCCAAAUUGGGCGAGAGAGGAGAGCUCAGCCCCAGGAGGAGAAGAUGUUACGACGGGAGCUUGCCCAAGCGGCUGAAGAAAAGGGAGAGAAAAGUGUUGCUUGACGGCAGCAGCAGCGGCAGCAGCAGCAGCAGCAGCGGAGGAGGAGGAGGAGGAGGAGGAGGAGGAGAAGUUUGCCACCGGUUGUAUCCUCGUGUGUCCUGCUGUCCCACCAGGAGAGCCGCCUAUCAGAUCCUGCACCGCAGGGAUGCCAGGAUUUUCUCCACCAACAACACCGAAUGUGGACGUCUCCUGGAGGAGAUCAAGUGUGCUCGCUGCUCCCCCAAUGCCCAGGUGUUGUUCCACUCCUUGGACAUGGAUAAGAUGCCACACAGGGAGCCAGACCUGCCGCGGCUCUGCCAGGACUUCUGCCGCGAGUUCUACUACACCUGCAGGGGGCACAUACCAGAACUGUUCCAGGCCGAUGUGGAUGAGUUCUGCCAAUACUAUGGGAGGAGAGAUGCCAGUCUGUGCUUUCCAGAUUUUCAACGAAAGCAACCACAAGGGCAAGAUUCCAACUACUUGGGAGAUGAGAAAAUAGAAGAUAUCAGCAGGAAACACAAACACAACUGCUACUGUGCCCAGGAGGUGUUGAGUGGUCUGAGGCAGCCGGUGGCCGUGGUGCACUGUGGGGAUGGAUCCCAGCGGCUCUUUGUCCUGGAGAGGGAGGGAAUUGUCAGGAUACUCAACCAUGACCUCGAUCUAAUCAAGGAGCCCUUCCUGGACAUCCACAAGCUGGUGCAGAACGGCCUGAAGGGUGGGGAUGAAAGGGGCCUGCUAAGCCUGGCAUUCCACCCCAAUUACAAGAAGAAUGGCAAGCUCUACGUCUCCUACACCACCAACCAAGAGCGCUGGGCCAUCGGACCACACGACCACAUUCUCCGUGUGGUUGAAUACACCGUUUCGAGGAAAAACCCAAACCAGGUUGACACCCGGACUGUUCGGAUGCUGAUGGAAGUGGCAGAGCUGCACAGGAAGCACCUUGGUGGUCAACUUCUGUUCAGCCCUGAUGGUCUGUUGCACAUCGUCCUGGGAGAUGGCAUGAUCACCCUGGAUGAUAUGGAAGAGAUGGAUGGACUUAGUGAUUUCACAGGGUCCGUCCUGAGGGUAGAUGUGGACACAGACUGCUGUACAUCACCUUAUUCCAUACCGCGGAACAACCCGUACUUCAACAGCACCAACCAGCCGCCUGAAAUCUUUGCUCAUGGAUUACAUGACCCAGGCAGGUGUGCAGUGGAUCGGCUUCAGAGUGAAAAUGGGAGUCUGCUGAUCCUCUGUACGGAUGCAAGUGGCAAAAACACAUCAGCAGGAAGAAUACUGGAGAUUACUCAGGGGAAAGAUUAUGAAAACGAGCCCUCUGUCUAUGACCUGCAGUCCAGUGGAGGAGCACCACCUGUGGGGGGCUUCAUCUACAGGGGCUGCCAGUCUAGAAGACUUUAUGGCAGCUAUGUGUUUGGAGAUAAGAAUGGUAAUCUGCGGAUCCUCCAGAAGGCUACAUUGUCAACAUCAGCAAGUGGUGAACAGUGGCAGGAGAAAGCUCUGUGUCUGGGCUCAGCUGGCUCCUGUGGCUCCAUGCUGGUGGGACACAUCUUCGGUUUCGGAGAGGAUGAACUAGGUGAAGUCUACAUACUGGCGAGCAGUAAAAGCCUGGCGCAGUCACACAGUGGGAAACUCUACAAGCUGGUCGACCCUAAAAGGCCUCAUGCCCCGAAGGAGUGCCAGCGUCAGGUGGAGCCUCCAGAGCUGCUGAUGACAGCUUGUUCCAGACACUGUAAGAACGGACACUGCACUCCGAUUGGCAAGUGCUGCUGCAGCCCCGGCUGGGAGGGACCCUUCUGCCGAGUUGCCAAGUGUGAACCAGAAUGCCGCAACGGAGGAGUGUGCAUGGAGCCCAACAAGUGCCUGUGUAAGAGCGGCUACUCCGGAGCCCAGUGUGAGAAGAGUGAGCGUGGCAUGCCCAACGACCAGGAGAAGGACGGCAUACUGGACCACAUCAUCGACAUGACCUCGUACCUCCUAGACCUGACCAGCUAUAUCGUAUAGGGGUGAGCAGAGGGGGGCUGCUCCCCGCCGUCAUCCUCAAGUUGACACAAAUCUACCUACCACCACCAGCAGACUCUAACGAGGUGUCCUUAACAUGGCCUCUUAAUCUCCCUCACACCCACACAGGCAUGUAAACACACACACACACACACACACACACACAAACACACACAGGAUCCCCGUCAGACUGCUUUUCAUCCUCAUCCUCAUCACCAAACUCUUCCUUUUUCGCCUAUAAGCUACUUGCUCUUGAGCACCAGGCCUGGCAUCCAAGCCGUGUUCACACUUCGGAGAGACCUGCAGACAACAGAGGAGAUGAUUGAUAAGCACGGCCAAGUUAUGGAUGUUCCACUAAGACAUUCGUUCAGAAAACGCUCGCACACGGCUGACUCCACAGGAACAGGAACUCCACAGGAACAGACCAUUUUAACCCAAGACUUUGGAUCUUUUCAGGGGCUAUCUGUUGCCUUAAGACCCCCAAAAAUGGGAGUUUGUUGCAUUUCAGUGAGGACUGUUGAUUGUUCAGGGGUUCUUUAAGGAUUCAAAAUUGUACAGAGCGGCGUGGCUCCAGAUCCAAUUUGUGCUCAUGGUCCAUUCAAAACCCAGCAAAAUAAAUGUCCACAUACGCAGACUUUGAAGGAACACUCUGCACCUCUGAAGUCGAUGAGAGUCGUGGGUCACAUGUGCCGUACUAUUCUAAAGGCACUAAUACAAGAGAGAUGUCGUCUCACUUAUGAUGUUGUAUUUAGUUUGUGGGACACGUUGUCAUAAAAAGCUAUAACAGUAUACAGUGUGUAUACUUUUUUUUUGCGACACUCACUUGCUGUCAAUGUACAGAAUGGAUCUACAACAGAGGAACGACGUUGUCAAAGCCAGUUUCAUACAAUCUGAACAGAGUUUUUGGCUCCCAUGCACUGUAUUCAUUUUUGUUUCAUUCACUUUAUUAUUCAAAAUGAAUUAAAACAUUUAUUAAAAGCGCAAUGAGAGUAGUUUAACAUUCACACACACACACACACACACACAUCACACAUCACACUAUCACAGGUAUGGUUUGACAAACUCCUUUCAUUGUGUCACACACUGAAACCCGAACUCAAAACUACAAAGGGAAGAGAUAGCGCAGUGAUGUACAGUAUAUUUCCAAUAGAGCUUACCUAAGUACUACUUAGCAUUGCAAAAAAAAAACUAUAGCAUUACUAUUGUUAUCAUAGAGGAGGGUUUAUUUUUUUAAGCGUAAUAAUAUAUGGGAGAGAAUGGUGUUUAUAGAAAGCAGUUUUACACUAAGCUUGUCAGCUCAUGUCAUUUCAUGUUCUUGUACUUAUACAUAUGCAGCUUUUUCCUCUGUAUCUUUUCUAUUUUCUUUUCCUCCCCCCCCACUGUAAAAGUAAUGCAUGUCUGUGCCUGCAGAGAGUAAUUCGGAGCAGUUGGCUGACUCCAUAUAAUUCUUAUCCCUGACAUGUGGUUUCAUUACCACUGUCAGAAAUGUGUCUCUGUUGUGAGAUGAUCAAACGUCUCGUCGGGCCACCAAGUCACUGUGGAGGCAGUUCACAGUGCGAUCUUAUCUGUAGAGAGCAGAUUUAAGAUUAACCGAAGGAUCUGUCUAAUGGAGAUAAUGAUUGAACUCUAAUGAACAUCUGACUCCCUACAUGUAGUCAGAAAAUAGUUAAACACAGACCGGGAUUGUCUGGAGCCACUUUAAUGUGUCUUUUCAGAUGCCAGACAGAAGUUCAUACAGAUGCAGCACACAUACAUGCAUGCCCAUAUUCUCUUAAACUAUCUAACUACACAUUUGUCAUUUAAAUCCCAUAACAUAAAAUGAGUCUUGACAGAACCGUCAGUCAUUUUGUUUUGAAGGCAAACAGUUGCAGUUUUGCUCUCUCCCCAACUUUUAUUUAGAAAAAACAAGUUUCCAAGUAUCAUGGUUAAUUGAAGUUCAGUGUCCGUAAAAGAUGUUAUUUGUUCUUCAUCUCCCGCCUCGCUUGUGUUUGCUGAAAUAAAUCAACUCUACCUGGUCAAAAUGGAAUUCAUGCUGUAAAAUGGAAAAUUAUAAUUUUUUUUUAGCACUUAAUGUGAAAGUUGCAUUGUAGCUGCUGAGACGGCGUGGUGUGAAUAGAAUAACCAUUUUCAUUAUUUAAGUAGUUACACAAAUAAAAUAAUUAUUUAAGUUCUUUUAUGUUGUUUUUACCAUUGUACUGUAUGUGACAAUUUUUUUAUUCCUGUAUUGUAAAUAAAACUAGGGAUAACUUUGUUUCUCUACAGAAAUAUCAAUAUGUCUAUUAAAAUUUAUAGCAUGUCUGAAA